AUAACAUUUGACAUAAGCACAAGCUUAAGGCACAAGCCUCUAAGCAUUUAAGCUACGGGAAACAAAAGAAAAUUGUGUCCGCCUUGUGUUUUUAAAUCCCAAAGGUAAAAUGUGUUUUUUUUGUAUUCCAGUUUGUGGUUAUCUCGUUCCUGUGAACUAGGUUUCAGUGUUGUUCAAAAUAAGUAAUUUCAGAAGGGAUUUUCAAUCAACGAUAAGACAAUGAGCAUCCAGUACGUCAGUUGUGACUGAAUAGCGUUAUAAUUUUUUUUAUAAUUUUGCAAAGGUUCAUACACAAACAAUGCAUUAAAUCGUGUAAUCAUGCAUGUCUGAGCACAUACAUCUCCGGAACAUUUUUUGUCAUUUCAAUUUCGUACUAGCUGGUGUCAAAAGGAGGUGGCGAAACAACAUUUCAAAAUGUAUUCACAAAGGUUAGUUGAUUUCAAUUAAUAACAUUUACCAGUCCCGUUUACUUGUAGAGCUAUACAUCAGAUAACACGAGGAAAAAGUCGUUUUGACAUUUAAACACAAUACCCUUGAGUGAAAAUCUAUGCUGUCGAACGAAAAGGAAGAGAGUUAGAUGCUAGAUAUAUAUAUGUAUCUUCCCAAUAUCAAUUUUUCUACAUUAUUCAGUAUGAUGUAUUCGUUCAAACAGCGCCAGUUGGCAAAUUAGCUUCAUUCCUCGGGUAUGGAUAAACUCGUAACCGUCCUCAAAUUAGCAAGAUCUCGCAUGUAACCACAGAACAGUAUAAAGACAUAAAGAUUACUUUGACGGCAAAAUAUGCUAUAAAACAUUUCGUAAAUGAUCGCCCGGAAUUAUCAACUUCAGAAGACGAAUUACGCCCAGAUUAUAAAAAGGCGUGAUAUAGACCCAAAAUCAUCAUUCCUGAGGUUCAAUAUUAAAUCGGUUACGUAGCCUCGGGGAAGAGUGUUCAGGGAACGCGUUAGUUCUUUACGUUUGUUUGAUAUUGAUGACCACACUUGUGAGCGACUAUUAGGAACCGUUAACGCUGACGAUUAAUGGUUUCCAUGCUUUCAGCCAUGUGCAAUCAACUGACCAAAAUAGAGACCGAUUCGAGAUCGACCGAUUCACGCGUUACAACAUAAAGCUAAUACAGUGGCGUAAUUAGAGCGUUAAUUGUGGGGGGGGGGUAUAUUCAUGUAUUCGUGUUCUGCCCGACUAAUUUCUUUCGAAAUGAACUUAAAAACAAAGAAAUUUAAAAGAAAUUCGUCGGGCGGAACACGAAUAUACUAAUAUACCCCCCCCCCCCCAAUUAACGCUCUAGUUACGCCUCUGAGCUAAUACCAUCCUUGAUAAGCUGGCAUUUCUGCGCUCAUUAGCCCUACUUCAUUUGGUUUUUGUGCAUGCACACGCCGGUUUUGAGAUCGCUUUUAUUUAAACGAUCUCAAUUAAAGAGUGCUAAAAGUUAACGGCCAUUUGGAACAUUUCAACACUAUACUAAUUGUUUUUCGAACAGACAACAUUCAAAAAUGGAGUUCUGUGGUCACUGCAACUAUACGAAUUAUUAUGAAUUGAUUGAAAAUGUGUAAAUCUUCGUACAGUAUGUAUAUUCAGAAUCAAUUGCUUCUUCUAGUCCAACUUAGGGACCGGUCAUUAUUUAUGGAAGGGGGGGGGAGGGAGAAAUAAGGGGGCAUAUCUAUAAUAUAAAUGACUGGAAGGGGUGACCUAUUAUAUUUUAUCUAGAAAAUGAGGGGUGGUGCAAUUAAAUUUGAAGGAAUUUGCUUAAUAGGCGUGGUAUCCAUUUAGUUGUAAAUGUUGCGACCAAAUCAUGAUUGAUCACUGAUGUGAAAUAGUUUGGAUUUAUCUUGUCUUCUGUGUGCUGUAUGAAAACCAGUCUUUACUGAUUGUAGAGAUAAAUUGACGAUGUAUUAUUACAUCAGAUAUCUUAAUGUGGUUAAAUACAUUUACGCAAGGUUAACGGCGGAUGUAUUACUGUACGCAGGCCACAUCGGCUGAGGGGAGUCUGUGACAUCAUAUCGAUCACAGAGGGUUGUUUAGCACGUUGUAAUCAGUGCUUCGAUCUGGGUAUUCAUUCUGCCAUUGUAUGCUUUGCCUAGCUGCAGCAAGUUUAGCGCUUAGAUACCUUUUCCCUAAAACCCACCCAUGUUUAUUCUAGAGGAUUUUCUCCGGUAGUAUGUCAUUUUAUUAGAUAGUAUAUCAUAUAGACCACUAUACCUUGUAUUUCGUUUCCACUGACUUGUCAGUGGACUGGUGCCGGAGGUAUGCCUUGACAGAAUUGUCAUGGCUAUCUUCUUUUGAUGCUAAUAUUACUGAUUGUUACUUUCAUUGUUGCUGCGCAGCUGCUAUGGCAAUACUUCGUGCCAUCAAGUCUAUAGUCGCAGCCUUGGACCACAAACGGCACCUGCCUCCAAAGAGCAAUACUCUGCCGUUAAACAUGGUUACAAUAGCCCGGACGGACCAAAUGGAAACCUGAUUUUAGUGUUACAUAUGAAAAUACUCCUAUUUUAAUUAUAAUUUUCUGCUAAUAUAUAUUUUUGGUCGACGUUAAUAUCUUGUCAGUUGCAUAUUCGUAUGCAAUAAUUAACACUAUAACGCCUGGGAAUCCAUCCCCAUUUGACGAGUAAAAAUGAAAAUGGGGGGGGGUCAAAGAAAAAUAUUCUAAUAUGCAGGGGGGUCAUGAUUAAAUUUCUUCUCUUUUAAGAGGGGGUUUCAAUUUUAAAAAUUUAGGAAAGAAACAUGUCCCCUCGCCCGUUCCAUACAUAAUAACCGGUCGCUUAUUACAAUUUUGUUCCGACAGCGAAAAAAAUCACACUUACUAUUGGUAUAUUCAUUGAACGUUCCUAAUUUAUAUCAACAUUAAAAAAAGUUUAAUUAAUGUUAAUUUGCACACCUCGCGUAUAUUGUUUAAAUUGUAUUUGAAUUGCAGGGAAAUAAUAAACAAGCUCAUCAAAACUAGAAACAUCAAGAUUGUCUUAAUUUUACAAUCGUUCAUCACCACCAUCGCCAUCAUCUACAUGAUGAUACAGACAUCAAAUUUGGAUCAAAUCUCAAUAUUGGAAGGUAACAUGUAAACCCAUGCAUUGUACUCUAUAAUUGAGGUAUGAAUGGUGCAUCUAUUUUCCUGCAGAAUGAAGGCAAUGCCGGCAAUAUUGGCGUGAUUGGCAUGCACAAUCUAUUGCAUGUGAUGUUGCACAGGACGAAAAAAUAGAUUUGCUUCAACUUUGCAUGCAACCCCCUGCAAAGGUACCAUUGCCGUAAUCGCAUCAAAUUUGCUAUUGCGCAAAUUUUGUUCAAAUUUGGAAAGCAAAUUGGUAAAUAAAUUUUUACCCUCAUAUUGGUAAAUACAAUUCUCUUUUUUGAGAGGGAAUGGGUAUAGGAUAAAUUUGGCUCAAAUUUGUGGGUAUUUUCGUCCAUAAUUUGGUUUCUAAAUUUGCCAAAAUAUUUGCAACCUUGCAAAUUUGAUGCGAUUACGGCAAUGGCACCUUUGCACCGGGUUGCAAAGCCUAGUGCAAAUCUGUUUUUUCGCCCUGUGUUGCCGACUCUUUAUACGUUAAUUCUUAAAAUUAUUUUUAUAGGAAACUACAGGCAUUGUGGUGUAAAAGAUUGCUUUCCAGUCUCCCCUUUUCGCCUUAAAUUUUCCAGUGAAUAACUAAUGUGUCGUGUAAAUAUAGGCGCAAGAAGUCUUUUUGUUUGAAUGGCGGAAUGAUUUGAAAACAGCGCAGAUAUGUCACAAUAGACAAUUUCCAUCAUAGACUAAUUAUAAAACUAGGCAAGGAGAUGCAAAUAAAUCACAACAGCUAGAAAGAGCAUACUUAUAUAAAAAUAGUAAAAUUGCAAGGUUUGGUUGCGAAAUGUUCUAAUUAAAAAAUGCAGAAAAUAUCGCCUUGCAAAUUUGCAAAUUUUGUAUACUUUUUUAUUGCGAGCGGAAAUUCCUACCACAUUUGUAAAGUUAUAUUUUCCGCAAUUUUACUAAUUUUAGUAUGCUCUUUCUAGCUGUGGCGAUUUGUUUGCAUUUCCUUGUCUAGUUUUAAAAUUAGUCUAUAAUGGGAAUUGUAUAUUUAGCCGUCGCGGCACACUGCCACGCCUGUGUGAAAUUGUUUGAAAACAUCACUUUUACCGCAACAAUUUGAGCACGGAAGUACAUGGUAUCGUGCAGUGAUACCGUCUUUGUCUUUUACAACUUUAGUAUUUUUUCGUUAAUUUCUUAUUAUAUUUCAAUUUUUUUAUCAUUGUUCUAUUAUUUUUUAUCUCUAACGGCUUAGUGUAAACAGACGUAGAACGUAACGUCGUCAUUUCGCUCCGGCGUAGUUUAACGUACUACGUAGUCUUGAUAAAACAAAGGCGACGAGAGUCGGUGCGAGACCUAUUAUUUAGACAUGUCUACUCGUUAAUUAGUUAGAAACUCAGCGUUUACGUGUCAUGGAAGUGUUAAAAGUUCCGUCUAGAGCUAAUACGUGCCUUGUCCUCCUUUCAGUAACUUCAGAAACAUUCUGAUCACGUCAAAAGGGCGUAGCGACUAGGGAGUGUCUCAUCACGGGUGUUGGGGGAGGGAGUUCCUGCCUUAGUUUUGGUGAGGAAAUCUACGUGACUUUUGCAAGGUUCAUUCGAGCUCGAGAUCCAUGCUAUAUGUUCUCAACAUUCUCAAGAAAUAAGUUGUUGUCAAGUACUCUCUGCUCCCCUUCGUUCAAGCAACACCAUGCAACCAAUAUACGGACGCAGUUGGUUUCAUUUUUAUGUAUAUAGUAGAUGCACGACCCAUCUUAUUUUUCACUACAUGCCGUAGUUAUGCUACAUUAUUAUUACUGAUAGAGCGAGCGAAUGCAGGAUGCCAAGGCUGCUGUACGAUGAGGAGAGAAAGUCUGGAUGCCAUUACAAGUGAACCACAGUUAUCUGAAAAACUUCAUAAAAUUUCUCGAGCUAUCAGAAAUUAUGAAAUACCAGACUAUAUCUUAAAGAUACUUCAUGAGGGUGAGAGAAAAUUGGAGGAAUUUGAAAAUGAAUUGGAGCGAUUGAAACAAGUAAGGUGUUGCUUUCAACUAUAUCAUUUGUGUAACACUGCGAGCCAUGCGCCCUCUAUUUUAGCCAUUUGUGUCAAUAGAAAUGUUUACCCUCACUCAUUUGACACGACUAAAAUUGGUUGUAAAACAGAAGAAAAUUUUAAAUUCACUUUUAAUAAUCUUACUCCUCUACGGAUCUUUCAUAUCUUCCCUUGAAGUUUUUUGACUGAAACCAACGAGCUGUCUGCAAUGUUGCAGUUUAAAUCUGGUUGGCGUAUUGAACCCAAGAGCGCCGGAAUCACCAUGAAGCGAUGGGUACUAGUUUUAAGGGAGGAAUGUUCGCUAAAAUUUCAAACUUCUAAGACCUAAAUAUUUCAUGAUUUUCAUGAUUUAAAUAACAGUGUAAAAAGUUUUAAAAGAAAAAAUUUUUUAAAAAGUUAGAUUUUCAAAAAAAUUUAAAAAGUUAGAUUAGGGUUAGGGGUUAGUGGUUAGGGUUGGGGUUGGGGUUGGGGUUGGGUUAGUGUUAGCGGUUAGAUGCCGUCAAUUUAACGCGAAUUUAUCAUAAUUAGAGCUCAUGCUGUGUAAGAAAGGCAAGCUGCCGCUUUUGCUUGUGGAUCCAACACAUAGCCGUUUUAUCUUUUAAAAGGCUCCUGAACCACGACUGUUUAACGUGUUGUACCGUAGCAAAUAACAGUUGAGCAUGUUUUGAAGUGUUAUUGUUAAAAUCAUCGUCCAACUUCAAAGCUGCAAUGCCAUAGUAGCCUCAGCUAUCUGGUCUUGAAUUAUACUUUCAACAAGACGCCCGUAUGUUUAUUUUAAUGAAUAUAUUUUGCGUGUUUCUACAAUACAUAUGGAGACAUUGUAAUAACAACUGUCCCAAGUGCUUUUAAAAUAACGCUAGCCGGCAAGCCAAGGGGCUCUAUUAAUGAAACACCCUUGUGCUAUUAAGCAGACUCUAUUUUUACACAAAAACACGUAUUGAUUAGAAUAACUUACCAUAUAUCAUCAACCUCGUACCCAGAGCUUCUGCGCUUAUUGUUCUCUCUCUCUCUCUUCUGAGAGCAAUAUAUAAGCGCAGAAGCCAUGGGUACGAGGUUGAUAUAUCAUUUGUUAGAUUUAUCUGGCUUAAGCCAACUUCGAGAACACUGGAAACCAGGCUUAAGCAAAUAUAUUCAAAUUUAUGGCAAGUCCACAUUUAAUAGACCCCUCCCCUUCUAGCCAUUUAUUUAUGCUCAUUGCCCCCAUCUUUUGCCCCUCCCCGCCAUCCUCUUCCAUAAAUAAGGACUGGUCCCUAACUGCAGGGAAAAUAUGUGCACUUCACAGAACAUUUAUAACAAUUUUUAUAUAUUACUUUCGCCUGAUCAGGCUGGGUAACCACAACAGAAGUUACCAAUAGGCCCUUUCAAGGUAUCUUGCAUGUCAGGCUCGAUGCUUGAAAUAGAGACUGAAGUCAAUAAAAAGUGGAUAGUGAUUUGGAUGCACGAAAAUAACAACCAAUCAAAAGGGCGAUUGUUAAUUAUGUAUCAGUCAAUUCCAGCAUAAGUGCCCAUCCCCCACAGCUCCGAGUGACUAAAUGACUAAUUAACAAUUGGUAAAUAGUGUUCACAAGCCAUUUGCAAACGAAUUCAAUAUCUUGUCCAGGAAUAUCUGCCAAAUUCGCCAUGAUGGAAAACAUCGAAAUACUCACCCCAGGGGUAAAAAUAUCGGCAAUAGCCGCACCCCCGGGAUUAGGAAAAGCUUCAAAGGCCCGGAGGUGGGGGGAUGGAAACUGCUGGAAUUGCCUGAAGGGGUAUUAGAUUAUCAAAGGUGAUUUAUAAUCUGACAAUGACGGCAAUCUUUUCCGCCAAUAUCUCAAACAUAAAUAUUCCAAUUUUCAUUAAAUGGCCAGGAAUUACAUAGUACAAGUACGGAACAUUCAUUACGUAAACAACAAUUUCAUAUUACCUUAAAAAGCAAAGCUAUUUAUUUCUGACCAAUGGGAAUUUUGCGUACGAAAUCAAAUGCAUAAGUUCACUUUUUAUUGACCUCAGAAGCAUGCUUUAUUUCAAGCAUAUAUCCUGACACGCCAGUUACUUUUAAUAACCCAUUAAGUUGCAUUCCUCCCCUACUUAAUUUCAAUAUAUUGUUUUCACCAUUGUGUUUACAACCCUUGCAAGUUUACCUAUAGGGAAUUCCAUUGUGUUUGUAGCCCUUGCACUAUUGUGUUUCAUUGUGGCAUCUUGAACUUGAAACUUGAAAGAACCUAUUACUGUGCCCCCCGUUAAAAUUUCCCCGUUAGGAACACAAUACAUUGAUCAUGAAGUGACUGAAAUAUUACAGAUUUACAAGCCAGACAACCAGCGGCAAAGUUUAAAUUUCACACAAGUAGUGAUCAAUGAUGAUCACUGUGGUUGUAUUUCGGUCUUGUUAGGCUACACCAUGUUCUUUUGCAUGACCGCCUAUCCGCAUCAGGAUUAUUUUCAUCAAGAGCCGUAGAGAAAGUGUCCAAAUACUAACGGGAAUUUGCGAAUUUUAAUAUUGUUGCGAUUUGCAAAGGUUACCGUUCAAACUUUGUAAAAUUGAAAAUUGUGAACUGUUGUCCUUUAUUUGAAGGUUAUAGCCUUCCAAGUUUACUCACAUAUAAUGACUUUCGCUUUCUGGUUCAUCGGAAAACGUUUAAGUUUCAUCGGAAAAAUAAAAAAUAUAUGUACAAAAUCGAAAAAAUUGAUACUAAAUUCGCUCGGAGUAAGCGGCCAUCUUGAAGCCAGCGACGAAUACAUAUUAAUGAGGUAAUUUUUAUUUUUUUAUUACGGACGUAAUGUUCAUUUUGUGGCUAACGAUCCAAGAUCCGACACAAAUGCGUGCCGAGACUUAUAGUGACUGAGGGCUGUGCCCCAGCGACUAACUAAAAGACAAACAACAAGAAAACUAUAAGAAAUAUUCCAUCCCUGAUCGUGCUGGCGUAUAGCAAACUUUGAUUUGGCGAUAAUCUAUAAUUGAAAGAUCAAAUUUUUUCCGUAUCCCGUAGCGUAGGAAGAAUCGCGAUAACGUCUUCACCACGUAGAUCGUAGCAAAUUAAUAAUACACUUCUCUGUUCUGGUUUCAACUGAAUUUCGAAAUCUGAAAAACUAGUUUAAAAUAUCAGAAACUGUUUCCUUCAAAGCAUUAAUAGCCAUAUUUUUCCCAAGCCAACGGCGCGGCGCGUCGUCCCGUGCGUAAACCUGGGGCGAGAGUACUAAUUCCGCCCGGCUAUUUACACCCAGGGAGAGGAAAGCAUUAGCGAAGUCUAAAGUUCAUCAAUGAUCGCGGGCGUGGGUCACUGAUCUCAAAAUAUGGCUGUUUGCCAGGAGUGAAGAAGGCAAAAAUAUAAAAAGUACAUGUAAGAAAGCCGGGAAAAUCGUUUCACAUAACAAAUUUUAAAACUUUUUUUAUAUUUUAAACGUAAACAUUGGAAGAAUUGAUUUAGUAUGAGAAAUCCGAAAGUAUAGGGCAAGUUUGUUUCAAUUGUUUAUGUGUGACUUUGUACUAAUAUUAAAUAAAUAUAUACUUUGUUCUUGUUGUUCAAGUCUUUCCUGUGGCUGGCUAUGCAUUGUAUCCCAAAGUUUCAUAUUUAAAUUAACUUUUGUAGAAGUUUUUGAUAAAAAGGAAAGCAAAUUAUGUUCAUAAGCGUCCUGUGCGAAUUAAAUUAUUUCAUUUCAAAGUGCGAGUAAUAAGUCGAAGCUCGGGUUGAAGAGUUUAUUUAUAUGGGGAAAAAGCAGUUAAUUUCAAUUCACAUUUAAAAACGUUUUACAUAAAGUUUCGUUUUGAUUUUAUUUGCUUUAUUUUAGUAACAUUAAAAUAAAGCCAAAAGAAAGCAAACUAAUAUACCUACUUUAUGUAUUUUAUUAAUUGAUAGUUCUGUAUUUGAAAGUGUUCAAGUUUCAUCUACUUUUUCCAGGUUUGUACAAAAAGUUUAGAAAACAAUUAUCGUGUUGCCAUGAUAAACAUGAUGUACAACGCGAGUCCGCGUUCAGUGUUGGCAUAAUUACGAAUACUUCGUGUUGAAACAAUAUUUGGAAAAUGUAGGCGUGGGUGGGGUCGUUGCAUGCAUGUAUUUCUUGUUAUGAGAAUAUAUACGCAGGCAAAAUUAUUGCUGACAUUUGAGUUACGUAAUUACUUCCGUCAACGAGAUUAAUUGACCAAUGACAAUUAAAUACUAGGUUUUUCCGGACAAAAACAUAUUAUAGCCAUAGCCAUUUGGGCAGGCGUUUAUUUAACGACGCCCUCUCUUCUUCCUCCCGCACUAAAUGCCUCAUAUCCUUUUAUUUGUAAUGCAGUUAGAAAGGCCUGUUUUUUUUGUCAAUUUUCGCUGGCAUCCGUUAAUCGCUUAUAUAUGCGUCGCAAUAUUAAGGCAGACAUAUUUUAUGCCUAACAUAUCCAGUAUAAUGAGCGUUCAAAUUUCAAGAGCCAAAUUUCUUCAUUUAAAUAGAUUGAUCUUAAUCGUCUGUCUAAGCUUCAAGAAUUUUUCAUUGAGGAAGACACAACCACAGAUCAAGACUUAAUCCCAAAAUCAAAACCAAAAUGGAACCAAAAGAGAUUAUACAGUGAUUCAAGUUGGGAAAAGAAAAGUUAGUUCUGACUUGGAAGUUGCGUUGAAAGAAAAACAUUCUCUAAUUGACGUACAAUGUAUGAAAUCCUUUUAUAUUGUAUUUCUGGACAAUAAUCUUCAUGCAAUUUGAUUGUACAUUGUUACUAUAACCCAAUAUAGUGGUGGCAAAUGUAUAUUAGUUAAUGAAUUAGGACUUCUAAAGUUGAAACUUUGUAUUGAGUUAAUUUAAUGAGUUCCGUUCUUCGC